UAAAGUAUGACGCCUGCAAAUCAGCACCCUGAAGAAUACAGGAUCUCAUCAUUAGUCUUCUACAGUUUUGUAUUCACUGUGGGAUUGCUAGUGAAUGCCACUGCACUAUGGGUUUUCAGCUGCACUACCAAGAAGAGAACAACUAUAACUGUGUAUAUGAUGAAUGUGGCUUUAGUUGACUUAAUUUUUAUAUUUUCCUUGCCUUUUCGGGUAAUCUACCACGGGAAAGAAAUAUGGCCUUUUGGAGAUGCAUUCUGUCGGAUUAUCAGUGCCCUCACUGUUUUUUAUCCAGCAAUUGCUCUCUGGUUGCUUACUUUUAUAAGUGUAGACAGAUUUAUGGCUAUUGUCCAGCCCAAACAUGUCAAAGAACUAAAAAAUACAAAAAAAGCUCUGUUGGCUUGCACUUUAAUCUGGGUAAUGACCCUUGCCACAACUUCCCCACUGCUGUUCUUAUCUUCAGAUCCAGAUAAAGCCUCCAAUUUUACCACCUGCGUUAAGAUGCUUGAUAUCAUCCACUUAAAGGAAGUGAAUACCUUAAACUUUUCUCGUUUGAUCUUUUUCUUCCUAAUUCCUUUGUUUAUCAUGAUCGGGUGUUACCUAGUGAUUAUUUACAAUUUUAUCCGUGGCAAAACUUCCAAACUGAAGCCUAAGGCCAAGGAGAGAUCCAUUAGAAUUAUUCUUACUUUAAUUGCUCAAGUACUCUUCUGCUUUGUACCCUUCCACAUUUGCUUCACCUUCCUGAUGCUGCGGGAUGAAGAUACAACUUACAACCCCUGGGCAGCCUUUACCACCUUUCUCAUGAAUCUCAGCACAUGCUUGGAUGUUAUAUUGUAUUAUAUUGUUUCUAAGCAAUUUCAGGCUAGAGUCAUCAGCGUAAUCCUUUAUCGAAAUUACCUUCGAAGUGUGCGCAGGAAGAGUUUUCGAACUGGAAGUGUAAGAUCAAUCAGUAAUUUGAACAGUGAAAUGAUAUAA